GACAUUGGACGCUGGACAUUGGACAGGACGUGCGAUCUAUCGUGGGAGACGAACCAAUACCCACAUCGUACCGGAAAGCUGACCAAACGUUGGCAGCUCUUUGGUUGUCUAGUCUUUGGGCGAUAAGAAGGUAAGAAAGGGAUAGAUUCAUGCUCCCGGCAACCCCGCAGUGGUGAGAUACCCAGGUAGGUAUCCUGUCGCCAGGUCACUCUAUGUGAAAGGACGGCAUAUCAGCCCACUUUGAAUUCACAUUGGAGAUAUCAGUAGCAAUUCCGCGCGACGUUUUACAUAGUAUUAACAAACAGUCUCUUGUUGAUUGCAAAAUGUCUUCAACUGCGAGACAGCAAUCAGUACCAAAAGAUGGCAAUUGGCAUGGCCGAAUUGAAGUGGGAGGGGAGUUCCCGCCCGAAAUGGAUAGAUACCAUUUGUACAUUGGACUUUUCUGUCCGUUUGCCCACCGAGUAAACCUCAUUCGACAUCUCAAAGGUCUGACUUCCAUUCUCCCUAUAUCCAUCGUCAAACCUUAUCCAAAGGGUGACGAUAAAGGAUGGCCUGGUUGGAAAUUCGCAACAGAAAGCGACCCGUACCCUGGCGCAACUGGUGAUCAUCUCUUCAAUUCCAAAUAUCUUCACCAAGUAUACUUCCGAUCCCAAAGAGAUUACAAGGGGAGAUUCUCCGUGCCUGUUCUGUGGGACAAGAAGACAAAACAAAUCGUUUGCAACGAAAGCUUGGAGAUUCUGCGGAACUUAAAUACUGGAUUCGAUAGCAUACUGGAUGAUGAAUACAAAAAUUUGAAUUUCUAUCCUGACAAUUUGGCCGCCGAAAUCGAUGAAAUGGGAGAGUGGAUACAAAGCGAUAUCAAUACCGGAGUAUAUAAGGCUGGAUUUGCGCCAAACCAAGAAACUUAUGACAAGAAUGUCGUGCCAUUAUUCAAAGCCCUGAAUCGAAUUGAGGAAGUCAUUCAAAAGAAUGGAGGUCCAUAUGUUUUGGGGUCAGAAAUGACAGAAUUAGAUUUGAGGUUGUAUCCAACAAUUUGUCGCUUCGAUGCCGUGUAUGUGCAACAUUUCAAGUGUAACCUUGGAACGAUUCGUCAUGAUUACCCGGUACUAAAUGCUUGGUUGAAACAUUUGUAUUGGGAAGUAAAAGGGUUUAAGGAAUCGACGGAUUUUAAACAUAUCAAAGAAAAUUACACGAAGAGCCAUGCGGACAUCAAUCCAAAGGCUAUCACACCGAUGGGCCCUAUCCCUAACAUUGAGCGUGGAGUAGAUCAUGAUUGGAGUAAGUUGGUGGCAGGUAAAGUCGAUUUGGACUAAGAAAUGAAACAUUUAGUGCUUGGGUAUUGCUAGUUAUGUACGUCGUCCCCAAAACAUCGCCUUCCUCAGAAACUUGUCUCCCAGAUCAAUGAUAUUAUCUUUUCAGAAGUUUGAAGAGCCCCUCCAGUAAUAUAAAUGAAGUCCGGUGCAUUCUUGGUAGUCAUGUUUAUGAUUCUCUCGCUUUUGAUAACGCUUCCUUUGCUGCUUUGUCGGCUUGACCUCAUAGUUGGGACGUUCGAUGGCAGUAACAAAACUCUAAAGAUUGGUUGAAACAAGUGCAUAUCAGUAAAACCUAUCUAAUAUUCCUAAAAGCUUUUGGUCAGUUGUACCAAACGUUCGAAUGCCCCCAUUUAGGGCCAAUAUAUGAGUGGCAUAUAUCGAGGUCAAUUUAAGCAGUAAGGCUUCA